AUGGCGCAUUUGAAUCCCACCUUGUAUAUUGAUGGCGCAUUUGAUUCAGAUGCAGUUAAUGCAGGACGAGGGCUCAUCCUCCAACAUCCCAGCACAAAGCUUCUCCGGGCAGCUCAUGCUGGGCCCUUAACAGCUAUAUAUGGUGCUGAAAUACGAGCGCUUUUCAGAGUCGUCUUCGUGACUCGUAUCGUGGAUUUUGCCUUCAAGCCUCUCGGACAACCCAAGUUUAUCUCCGAUGUUAUUGGUGGUAUGAUCGUGGGUCCCUCCGUCUUAGGGCGCAGCAAGACAUUUAGCCAACUGAUGUUUCCAAGCGAUGAAAAGGAUUUCAUGGUGUCUGUAGUUUCCCACCUGGGAAUAAUGUACUUCAUCUUCUUGGUUGGCGUGAAAACGGACAGAAAUUUAUUAAUAAAGCCUAGUAAGAGCGCACUGGGUAUUGGUUUCUUAUGCUGGUUGAUUCCUUACGUAAUCAUCGUAUUCACGGGCUCCCUCCUCCAUAGUUUCAUUGGGGGACUGGGAAAUGGACACCUUCUGCUUUUUCUAUCUGCGUCUCUAUCCAUCACAUACUUCCCCAGUGUUGGUCAUGCACUGGAAGAGCUGGAUCUCCUCACUUCGGAGUUGGGCAGGAUUUCGAUGUCCUGUUCUAUUAUCAAUGAUGCAGUGGGAUGGUGCUUCAUGGUACUCUUUAUCGUUUUACGUCAGACCAGCAUUCUGGGCUCGUUUCGAGCAUUCAUACUUGUGAUGGCGUUUAUAGUUUUCACGGUUUAUGUGGUUAGGCCGUGCAUAUUGUGGAUUAUCGAGAAGACACCGGAGGGAAGACCAGUGAAACAGGUUUACAUAAUAGCUAUACUGGUUGGGGUCUUGAUCUAUGGAUUGCUCAGCGAAAUGCUAGGUGGAGCUGUUACGGAUGGCCCGCUUGUCCUGGGAUUGAUUAUACCGGAAGGGUCGAUCAUUAGUGCUGCCCUAGUUGAAAAGACGGAGAGCUUUAACACCAACAUCCUUCUACCAUUGUUCUAUAUGCAAUACGGUUUGGCCACCGACGUGUUCAAGAUCCAGGAUUUUAAGCUUUUGAUAGGUUUGCAGGCAAUCCUAAUGGUGGCCUAUCUAUCAAAGUUUGUGGGGACUAUUUUACCUUCACUCCAUUUCAACCUCAGCUUUCUUGAUGCCAACUACCUUGGUCUCAUCAUGAAUAUUAAGGGCCUGCCAGAGAUGAUCAUCUUCAUAUAUUGGAAAAGGAUCGGUAUUUUAGACGACGAAGCUUUCACUAUAUUGGCACUAACUCACCUCAUAGAGACGUCCAUUGUAGCGCAGUUUAUGAGAGUCUUGCAUAAGCAUCCAAGUUAUAUCCGCACAAACACAACGAAGAGUGGAAUCCGAAGUGCCAAAUUCAGCCCUGAUUUUCGGCUCCUUCCAUGCGUCCACAACGAAGAAAAUGUGCAAGCCAUGAUCUCCAUCCUUGAUAUUUCCAAUCCCACUCAAGAAAGCCCCAUUAAUGCCUUCGUGCUCCACCUGGUUGAACUAGUUGGCCGAGCUGCCGCUUUGAUAAUCGAUCAGAGUGCGCAGAUGUGGGAACCUAACUGUGAUCGUAUUAUAAGCGCUUUCAAGAACUAUGCAGACAACUCAGAUGGGCGUGUUUUCUUUCAUCCUUUCAUGGUGACCGCCCCCUAUAAAACCAUGCACGAAGAUAUUUGCAGAAUAGCUCAUGAGAAAGAGAUAGCUCUCAUCAUCAUGCCUUUUCACAAGCACUACCCCGUCCUCGGUGGAACUGGUGUUGGCUUAUCUCACCUUAACCGUAACGUGCUGGCCAAUGCACCUUCUUCCGUGGGGAUACUUGUAGACCGUGGUUUCCGCCGCAUUGGAGUGCGUGGUUACUUCUCAUAUAGUAUACUUCUGACAUUCCUGGGCGGAGAAGACGACCGUGAGGCGCUAAUAUUCGGCUGCCGCAUAUCAGGUCACCCUGGUGUACGUUGCACCGUUAUAAGGUUUCUGCCGUUAUUGAACUACGAUGGCCACAACUGGAAGGAAACACAGCUCGAUGACGCGACCGUUCUUGAAUACAAAAGCAUUAGCACGAACAAUGAACGCGUCGUUUACCGCGAAGAGGCGGUAGAGGGUCUAGAGCAAGUGUUUUCUGUAAUUCGAUCUCUAAACGGUGACUACAACCUCGUAGUGGUAGGACGACGACGUGGGCCGAACAUGAAUCUCCAAAAAUGUAUUGUGGAUUGGAGUGAUAAUGAAGAAGAGCUUGGGGUGGUUGGAGACUUCCUGGCGAGUACAGACUUUGCGGGUAGCACGGUCUCUGUGUUGGUGUUACAGGCUUGCAGCAGUGAAAUUAACCGGAGUUGA